AUGCAAAUGACUUCUGCUAUAGAAAAGCAACGUAAUAUGUUCGACGCACAAUAUUUAAAGGCAAGUAUGAAUUCACCUCUAACCUAUCAAGACAACAAUUAUAAUUCAACAGGGACCAUCAUAACUCUGAACGAGCCACGAAAUGGGUAUAACUUCCAUCCAACUCAAGAAAAGCUACAAUUUAAUAACUAUCAGCAUUACAAUAUGGUCCAAGGUUCUACAAAUCCAUAUAUGAGUAUUGAGCAACAGUCGAUGCAUGACUCAUCAAAAAUCACAACUCAGCAACAACUUCAGCUCAACAAUCACUGUGUUACCCAUGACUCACGUCACAAUGGAACGUUUCUCCCUACCACAUUACCACCAGUUAUCGAUUCUUCUCACCAGGGCACUUCAAGCAACACAAUUCCUUUUUGGAUGAAACCACUACCAGUACAAACUUAUAUUCCACAUCAUACGUAUAGUUCAUAUCCUCCAUACAAAACUCUUGAAGUGGUUAGAACGCAACUUAGUGCAUUACAAAACACAAGAGCUAGCCGGAUUCAAGAAACACCUUCUUGUGAAACCAACUUAUCGUCUCCUGUCACAAGGGAUGAGGUAGAUCCAGUUGAUAAGUAUAUUGAUUGGGAUAAAGUUAAGGAAAUGGAUUUUGAACUUGAUCCAGUUGAAGUUCUCGAGGCUUUAGGUUUUGGAGUAAGUCCUUAA